CUUCAAUUCCUUGUCCCACCUUACAAAGAGUAAUUUGGUUCUUGUUGUCUGUCCUUGGCUUCAUUUUGUGAUCUUGAAGCAAACUAGUUGGAUAAUCCAACUGCUUUUCCCAUACAUUAUUCUGCAAUUGCUUCCACAUCUGCACCACUACCUCCCUCUUUUUUCUUUAUAAUAUGCUUCUCCUGCCAUUGCUCCCCAUAUCAAUCCAUCUUCAAGCAAAGAAGAAUAAUUAACAUCUUACCACCUGCUCCUUCCUUCUACUUAUUUCUUCUUCUCUUCUUUCAUUCUCCGGUAACCUUGAGUUUUUAUAAUGGCAUCAGAAUCACUCUCCCGAAGCUUGGGUUCUUCCUGGACCCCAAAGGAAAACAAGCUCUUUGAGCGAGCUCUAGCAGUGUAUGACAAGGACACACCAGACCGCUGGCAGAAUGUAGCUAGGGCUGUUGGAGGAAAAACAGUUGAGGAAGUGAAGAAACACUAUGAACUACUCGUGCAGGACCUCAGACACAUUGAAUCAGGCCUGGUACCAUAUCCCAGUUAUAAGGCAUCUGGCAAUAGGGGAAAUGGAUUUAAUGAGGAGCAAAGGCUCAGGCUCAGGUAUUUAAAGCUCCAAUAAGGCAGGGAAAUUGUGCUCAUGUAAUAUGGAAAUUGUAGAAGAGAAAGCGACGACUUGAAUUGUUUGGUUUAGCAUCCAUAAAAUGUUUAUUCUCAUCUACUGUCUAAGAAACAACUUGAACACAGCGUGAGAAAUUGUUGAAUCGAUGUAACUACUCCUUGGUAACUUAAAUACAUGUAUAACUGCUUGUCAUUA